AAUGUCAAUAAAGAUAUCAUUAUGUCAAUCAUAAGGCCAUGUCUUGAUCAUCUCUUCUCCUGCAAUUCAUUAAUUGAGAUACACACAGCAAAAUAAUUAGCAAUUGGACUGAAUUCCUCGAUUUAGCUCCCAUUCCCGCGACCCUUCGUUUAAUCACAGAUUGCAAUCAUUACCAAUUGCUUGGGUGAGAGUGUUGUUGAGGUUUUGUGGCUCAAUCUUGACUAAUUCUUCGCGACGUGAGCACGGUCUCGCCAAGAGUCUCUCAACCGCGACGGAGCGCCAUCGGGAAGACCCUCCAUUGACAUGCCUUCACACACCAAUUGCGCUCUCAGCCUAGAUGAAGACUCCGGAGGACAUACCCCAGCCUCUCAGGAACAGCCCUCAAGGAGUGAAUCUGCCCCUCAGACACAGAGGGAUCGCUGGAGUCGGGAUAUUGAAUUCCUUCUGUCCUGCAUCGCCCUGUCUGUGGGUCUUGGCAACGUCUGGCGCUUCCCAGUGACUGCUCUGGAAAAUGGAGGAGGAGCCUUUGUUAUCCCCUACCUGAUUGUCCUGAUUUUCGUAGGCAGACCCGUGUACUACCUGGAAAUGCUCCUGGGACAGUUCUCAAGUCGUGGUGCUGUGCGUGUCUUUGAUUUUGCACCGGCUUUUCGAGGAGUAGGAUAUGGUCAGGUUCUCUCCACGGCCUUCGUCACCAUCUACUACGCCUCAGUGAUGGGAAUUACUCUUCGAUACUUCUUUGCAUCCCUCACAACUGGGGAUCUUCCCUGGAACAAGUGCAAACCCGAGUGGAAUGAUUCUUCAGUGAUUUGUGUUGAUUCAAGUCUCUCAAAUACAUCCAGGACAAUGUUCUUGGACAACCGAAGGCCUAUCACUUCAGCAGAGCUGUAUUUUACAAAUGAAAUCCUGAAGGAAAAAGACUCAAUUGAAGAUGGAAUAGGCAAUCCUGAUGCCAUUCUUAUGGGUUGCCUAGCUCUCUCUUGGACCGUUGUCUGCUUUACUCUCAUCCGUGGAGUAAAGUCAUCGGGAAAAGUGUCCUACUUCCUCGCAAUUUUCCCCUACAUAGUCUUAGGAAUUCUCUUGAUUCGUGCUCUUACUCUUCCUGGAGCCAAGGAUGGGAUUCUCUUCUUCAUAACGCCUCAAUGGGAUCAACUGCUGGAGCCAAAAGUCUGGUAUGCAGCAGUUACCCAAGUGUUCUUCUCGCUUACAAUUUGUUUCGGUAACAUCAUCAUGUAUGCAUCCUACAAUAGAUUUGAUCAGAAUAUUUACAGGGACGUCAACAUCAUCACAACGAUCGAUACAGGAACGUCUCUGUUGGCUGGUUUUGUGAUUUUUGGCAUUUUGGGAAACUUAGCCCAUGAAAUUGGAACUGAUGACAUUCGGUCUGUUGUUCGAGGAGGAGCAGGAUUGGCAUUCAUUUCCUAUCCAGAUGCUCUGUCCAAAUUCACCUUUGCUCCACAGUUCUUUUCUGCACUCUUCUUCCUCAUGCUCUUUGCCCUGGGAAUUGGAAGCAACGUUGGGAUGACGUCGUGCGUGAUGACGGUUCUGCGUGAUCAAUUUCCAUCCCUUCAACACUGGAAGGUCGUCUUUGGAAUAGGUUUCGUGGGAUUAAGUCUUGGUUCCAUUUUUGUAACUCCGGGUGGUCAGUACAUCCUCAAUCUUGUUGACUUUUUCGGUGCGUCUUUUAUUGCCUUUUUUCUUGCCAUCGCCGAAUUGGUGGCUAUUGCAUGGAUUUAUGGAGUUAAACGUCUCUGCAAAGACGUUGAAUUUAUGCUACGCAUACCAAUUGGUAUCUACUGGAGGAUCUGCUGGGGCUUUAUCACACCGAUAAUGAUGGCCAUCAUUCUGAUCUACACUCUGGUAAAGCUAGAACCUCUCACAUAUCGGGAUGAGUACUAUCCUCUAGCAGCUUAUGUCGCUGGUUGGAUACUCUUUGCUACUGGAGUAAUGCAGUUCCCAUUCUGGGCAAUCUAUGCAAUAACUCAGCAAAAAUCUCAAAACCUCAAGGAGAAGAUUCUUUCGGCUUUUCACUCCCAAAUCAAUUGGGGUCCUUUGGAUGAGAAUCUCUUGCGGGAAUAUAAAGAAUUCACAACGAAAUACAAGAAAGAAUGCGAACCACAUUUGAAACAGAUGAAUUUCUUUGAGAAAAUGAGAGACAGAAUCUUCAGUUGAUUUUCUUUACAAACUUAAAUUUUUCUUUGAUAUUUAUCGUAAUUUUUUACAAUAAAGAAUCAUUUUAAUUUU